AUGCGGGCUAAGCAGGUUGGUAAUUUGGCAGGAGUUAAAAUCAUUCGAGGAGAGAACGAUUGGAAGUGGUACUAUUUAAAUGAGGUCAGUAUCAGGGCAUGGCCUUUUGAAAUUAGCAGAAAUAGACAACAAGGAAGCCAACGAUGUCAAAAGACAAUAAAGCAACAAAUCACUCGUGAAAUAAUAGACCGAAUAUAGAAUAUAUAGGUGCAAACGUUUGCUUGUACACCAUUCAAAACACCCUUAUUUCGAUGUUUUCAGGCGAUUUAGACUAACGUUUAUAGAGACAUUAAGGAAUGCGUUUUGGUAAACUAUGCUUUACAGCGAUGCCAGCUAUUAUAAGCAAUUAGCCGAGUUACAAACUCUGAAUUACUCUAAUCCACUCUGGACCAGAAUUUCUUCAUUUUCAUGUUAGUUUUUUCUCGCCUUUUCUUCAUUGCUUUUUCUCUCAGCCUUUUGAUAACUGAUGGCAUGGGUUCAAUAUCGUACAACGUUUCAGUUUGAAGUUUCAAGGGGAUUAGAUCCAUCUUUUGGAAAAAUUAUUUGCAAUUGUGAAAGACUUUACUUCUAAGUAAUUCUUGCUUUUCUAUUCUGUUACCCCUAGCCUUCUCUCGUUUUCGUUUUUCUCUAGAGAAUCUUCGAUAGCCCAAUAAAACUUCCUGUUGCUUUUAGAGGAAGUAAGAUUUGAAGACCCACCUUACAAAGACGUGCUAUUUUUUCACGUCCUCGUCGUCGAGUCGCGAAAGUAUCUGAAUCAUCCAUGUCCAAUUGAAGAUGGGGCCUGGCAUGACAUUCUGAAUAUAUAUUUACUUUCUUGACCCAGAUAGCUGUUCGAAAGGAAGGGAACAAUCCAUGGGUUAUUUUACAACACAAUAGAUACUUCGGGUAUCGCCAACGUUCGGCUAUUAUUAUACGAGGUAAUGUAACAAGACUUUUUCAGGGACCGCGGAGGACGUUUUAGAUUGGGGGCGCAAUAUCCCAAGCGCAAGGUUUCUAGGGGAUCCAGGGGCAUGCUCCCUUUGAAAAUUGUGAAAAAUUGAACUUCUAGAAUCGCUAGAAAUGCAUUUAAAAUUGAUAGUCGUGAAAAAAAUGGUUGUGAAUGUAUAUAAUGGGUCUCCCGCAAAGAAAAAAAAAUGCUGUUUUGCGUAAAAUAAAAGUUUUAAAAAGCGUAAAACAAAACCACAAACAAAACAAGUGAGUAAGGGCAAUCGCCGCAAAAUUAUUGUCCCCCGCUCCGCGGUCCCUGGUUUUACCCUACCAUUUGAAGGGGAUAGCGUUUUUGUUAAUUGCUUGUUCCUAUCAUUUACGCUCCUCGAUAGGUCUCUUACAACUUUAAAGUGAAAUUAGCACACCUCCUUUGCGCUGUGGUUACUUCCGCCUGAGAAUGACAAUAAUUUUGAAACUCAAAAUUUUCUGGAUUUCAGUACAGUGAAUUUCAAGUUGCUUUCUAUGCAAAUACAUGUAUAAUACCAUUAAGAGCCAUCACUGAACAAAUUGAUCACGUUAUGAUAUAAAACCUUAGCUUAACAAAAAGUAUGGCUUGUUAUUCUUUUUUGUCUGCAAUGCAGCAUGUGAGAGAGGAUUUCAAAGGAAUAAAAAGUACAAAUGUUUGGGUAAGUGCUGAAGUUAAAGCUGUAUCUUAAGAUUAUGGUUUCUGGAUAGAUUUAAGUUUAAAUUUGUCGCUGUUGUUGUUGUUUUUUUAAAUCUUAUUUUUGCACUAAUUCUGUUUUUAUAUAUAUUUAUUGAUAAUCGCAUUAGAUAAUUACAUUUACAAUACUACAAAAAAGCAUUUUAACAAUAGACAUUAACAGAGUAAAGCAAAAUUAAUCGUUAAAUUUUUACAGGGCUAAAAGAAAUUAGAAAAAAGUACAACAGGGUAAUGAAAUAAUACUAAGUUAAGACAGUUAAAUAAGGCGUCAGUAUCCGUUUUCUUUUAAAGAAAUCUUUGUUGCUGAUUUUUUUUUUCUGUUUCAUUCUAGCGAUGAUCUUCGCCCUAAGUCCAUAAAUGUUUGGAAGUAUUUGUUUGCUCCUACAGUCCCGCAAAUAGAGUUUUCCAAUAAUUAUCAAAUAGUUCAGCAGUUGAAGUAAAGGGCAAGCAUUUUCCGUCAAAAUUCUAAAGAGCACAUUUUCGAAGCAGAGACGAAUUCGUUGAUUCGUAAUAGGGCACUAAUAUAAUUCGAAUUCAAUCCAAAACUGUUUAGAACGUGAGCAGUGAUAGAACAAAUGGGUUAAUGAUUAGGGCUGAUUGUCACAGAAAGUACAUAAAUCAUUUGUAAAAACCUAUUUUAUAUAACUUUGUAUUUGUGUAAAGAAUUGAGCUAAUUACUUUGCACUGGAAGGCUUUAACAUACUACUCGACAACGAUAGAGUGUGGCAGCUUAAAUAUUUGUUUCAGAUGGUCGCUGUUAAAAUGAAAGUUACUCCGUAACUUUUGAAUAAUAUUGGGUGGUUUAGCUUUUUCCUGAAACUGAUGAUUUAAGUUAAUCGUCAUUGGACUUAAUACAGAUAUCGAUGAGUGCAAGCGUGGUAAUGGUGGCUGUCAUCCCAGUCAGCAAUGCGUGAAUACCCCAGGAAGCUAUUACUGUAAAUGCAAAACAGGGUUCAAAAUACCGUCGGACCACAGAAGUGGAAGGGGCUGCAUUGGUAAGCAAGGAAAUGAAAUCAUUUAUACUUUCCAUAAACAGACACACGUAUAACGCGCCUGAGCUAUUUUGAAAACUGCGUUAUGUCAAACGAAACACAUGUCGACACAAUAUUAUAAUUGUCAUGUUUAUUACCAGUAGUAGCAGUAGCAGUAGCAGUAGCAGUAGCUGUAGUAGUGGUAGUAGUAGUUAUUAAAAUAAGCCAAAAUCAAGCGAGAAUAAUGGGACUGAAUGAGAGGACGGAAUGAGAGAGGGCGUUCACCGAUGUAUGUAAAUUUCACUUAAGUUAUUUUUGGAGUUUGUAAUUAAACGGAAGUCUAGUUACUGAGACGUAAGCACAUUUUAAUUGAUGGUUUGAAAUGUCAUCAAGUCCAUGCGCGACUGCCUCAAUUAAAAAAAAUGCAGAAUAUUGUUAUGAUGACUGUUGAAUUCUCUCUGACAAUACUGAAUACCAGUUUGCAGACCUCUCACGAAACAAACUUCCGAUUAACUUCAAGCGUUUAACUGGUCUAAAAAUAACUUUGGUCAAAUUCACAUAUCCCAAGUACAAGUCUGGGCGUUUCCCUCUCCAUCCGAUUAUUCUCCAUCUCUUGAUAAAAUAAAAUAAAACAAAAGCAAAUAUAAGCUGCACAGUGAAAAUGAUCAAAGUAUCAAAAUGUUGGGUAAUUUUUAUACUGCAUACCGUAUUUUCUCGAAUAACUGCGCGUCAGUCGUUUAUUUGUAGUAUGAUAAACGUACGGUGUAAAGGCAGUAUACAUGAUUGUCAAGAAAAAUGACCAAAAACCAUCUUUUCUAAAAACAGCAGGUCGGAACAAACUUGAGAAAAUACGGUAUGCUUUCUUUUCCACCCAUCGAUUAGUUCCUUUUUCAUAAACCUUUUUUAAUCACUGAUCAUAAAUGUUUUUCUUUUAAGUGUAAUUUUUCAAAAUUAACAGUUUGAUAUAGCUAGUGUCUGUGGUUUGCGUGUUCCAAUAGGCUGAUUUAGCAACAGAACGGGAACGUCUGUUGACAACGGCGCCCGCAAAUCAAACACCUGGCUUGACCAGUUGCUGAGCGGCAAAGUGGGCACCGGAAGUCGAGUUUAGUCCUUUCCGCGCGCUUUCCCGUCGUCAAAUAACGUUCCCGUUCUGUCGCUAAAUCAGCGUAAUAUCUCUUUGCUCUAAGACCUUAAGCUCUUACUCCAGUGAUAUAAACACUAGUAUUACUUAUCUUGAAUGGCAAAGAAUACAAAAUACCAUUCACCGUUUUGUUACCUGAGUGCCACGGCGUAAAACCUGAAAACCAUCAUUCAAACUGUCAAGUUAAAUUAUUCCAAUGACUUUAAGAGUCCAUCGGGUUACCGAGUUUAGCGGUGGUAGAGGUGGUUGCAGUGGUAGUUGCUGGCGAUGCAGAAGAAGUAGCAUUGGCUGUAGUAAAAAUACUAGAUUUUUUCUUUAUUUAUGCCAUUACCACAGCCAGCAAACAUUUAUCAAAUCUUUUUUAAUCAUAAUACUCGUUUACACCCAAUACAGAUAUCAAUGAAUGUGAAAAUAAGAACGGUGGCUGUCAACACGAAUGCGUGAAUACCCCAGGAAGCUAUUUCUGUAAAUGCAAAACAGGAUUCAAAAUUCCAUGGUACGACAGAACUAGAAGGAGCUGCAUU